GAAGCUGCGAAGUGUCAGUGUCAUCAUGUGUCUCCUUGUUGCUGUGUGUCUUAUAAAUGUGGACGCAUGUGGACGUCGACGCAACCCAGCACCAGCAUGUUCAUCAUGUUCAGGCAGUUCAUGCACCUACUACUGCACCCAUCUCCCAAAUGUGGCAACUGGCAACUAUUAUGGUACAUGCGGGUCUGAUAGAAUGUGCCGAUGUUUUAACUUUAUUGGACAGCGGGUGGCACAGAAAUGUGUAUAGGGAACAUCAGGUAUUGUUCAACCGUGUAUAUUACAUAUGGAAAUUGUGUUGGUUUAUACUCUAUAAAUUUCACUGUCUAGUCAUCAACCAGCUAUAUUCCAUGAUUGCCUUUGGUGUUUCAUCUGACAAAAUAGGAACAGUCCCUACACUACAGAAACAUUAUAUAUAACUGACUUCAUGAAAAACAGUAGACAAGUUACACAUUUAACAACAAAUAAAUAACAGACUUCUGUGGAAUUGAACCUCAUUUGAAGGACAUCUUUUAUAGAUGCUUAAAGCAGCAAAUGUAAAAACUGAGUUGCUUCACCAAGUAUAAAGUUAUUUAGGUACAUGUAGUUUUUGUUGUAAUGAUGAAUAAAAAAAUGUGUGACUUUGGGUAUGUUAAUAAGUAUCAUUUACAAAAUUGCUUCUUAAAGCAUUAAGAUAUUAAGAUACACAGCUUUUGCUGUAGUAGUUCAAAGUAAUAAAAAUUGAAUAAUGAAUGUGUUAAGGACUUGUUAAAAAGUAUUUCAAAUGUCACUGAGCUCAUGCCUUUUACUUGUUGUGCCUUACAACUGAAACAUAUAUAACAUGUGUAUUUGUGAAAAACAGGCAGAAUUUGCUCUACAUCCAAGUAAUCAAAAAAUAAAAUUAACAGAAUAAACCUUUUUGGUAAAAUAAAAUUAACAGAAUAAACCUUUUUGGUAAAAUAAAAUUAACAGAAUAAACCUU